AUCAUCAUCAUUUUUCCUUCAAUCUUUUAAUGAAUACCUUAUAUAGAAAAAUGCGUACACUUUUAUCAGCUAUCUGAUUGAUGCGCAAUCGAAAAUCACAAUUCAUUAUCCUUGUGCAUUUUCUGGUUUGGUGGGCAUGUCGAUUUUUUUCUUGUUACGAACAUCGAAUCUUUCAUCAAUGAUUGGCUAUGGUUAUUGAAAUGAAAAACUACGAAUAGGCGGAGCUUUGAAUGUUUACACAAUUUGCCUUGUUGUAUAAGUUAUCUUUGUAUUUGAAUUUGUUGGCACAAAAUCAGGUGUGGCCUAAUCAUUUGAAUUUCAGCUUUUUUCAUGGGAAUUCUCAUAUUGAGUAUGCUCAACAAGCGAAUGAAUGUAAAAACUGGAAAAACAGAAUGUGUGUUGGAUAUAUUUAAUGGAUGUGCAAAAAAAAGUAAGAUUUAUGUGGUGGAAAAAAAUGAAAAAAAAACAAAUUUUCCUUUGGUCGUCGACUAAAGUCGUGAGCCAAGAGUUUUGUUGGAUGAUCAUCUCAUUUUAGUGAAGAGCCCUCAAACAUUCAAGAGCAUUGGUCAGGAAAAGAAUAUCGAAUACAAAAAAAAAUAAGAGAAAGAGAGAGAGAGAGAGAGAGAAGAGAGUUUCAUCAUAUAUCGAACAUAUAAUUCAACAACAAUAAACGAACGAUAACGACGACAAGAAGCAUCAAUUUGAAUAAGGGCCAUUUUGAUCAACGUUUCUCGUUUAAAGCAAGCACUUCUUCAGCCAUCUUCAUCUCAUCAUCAAUAACCUUUCCUUUCCUUUCCUUUUAUCCAAAAAGACCAUCAUCAUUCAUUCAUUCAUUCAUAUCGACGACCAUUUGCCAUCAUCAUCAUCUUGAACGAUCUUCGCUUUAUUGAACAUCGUCUAAGUCUUUAAACAACAACGACAAUCUUCUCCAGUCGAGUGUCCAUCGAAUGAAAUCAACAAGCCAUGAUGAAUAUAGAUCCAUCUACCUCUUCACCACCACCAGCACCAUUACCACCAUCAUCAACAUCAUCUACCGCAACAAUUUCUCAUCCUCAUUCCCAUCAUCAUCAUCAUCAUCAUCAAUAUGGUUCGAACGCUCCAGAAAUGUCCCGAUCAACUUUCCCAAGCUCAUAUUAUGAUCCAUUCUAUGCUAAUACGGCAACAGCAGCAGCAACUUGGAGCGCUUAUCCAACACCAGCAUCAGCAUAUACGACAUCAACAUCACAAGUUGUUACAGCAGCAGCGGCAGCAGCAGCAGCAGCUGCCGCUAAUAAUUGUAUUCUUGGAUCAAAUCAUGGAACAAAGCAUCAUAAUAGUUUGGUCCAAACACAUUUUUCAUCCGUACAUCAUACGCAACGAAGAAAACGUCGUGUUUUAUUUACCCAAGCACAGGUAUAUGAAUUGGAAAGAAGAUUCAAACAACAACGUUAUCUUUCCGCUCCUGAACGUGAACAUUUAGCACAAUUGAUUCAAUUGACACCUACACAGGUGAAAAUUUGGUUUCAGAAUCAUCGUUAUAAAUGCAAAAGACAGGCCAAAGAGAAAGCAAUGAGUGAAAGUUCGCCCACUACGACACCAAAUACCAUACAAUCAUCAUCGCCGCCAUCAUUAUCAAUGAAUAAUAAUGAUGAUCAUCAUCAUGUGAAUGCUGUAAAUCAUCAUUUGACAGCCAGUAAAUUUGAUAGCAACAACAGUACGACAACAUUGGUAAAUACAAAUUUGACUUCAUCAUCGCCAUACCAUUGUAUUGAAUCAACAACAACACCAACAACAACAUCAUCAUCAUCUUCAUCACCACGUAAAGUAGCAGUUCCGGUGCUCAUCAAAGAUAGCAAACCGACCAUCCUUCAUCAAAUGGAUGGCAAUACAAAUCGUGAUUAUGUGGCUACUACAUAUCCAACGCCCAGUCAAAUGCAUCAUCAUCAUAGUAGUAUGUUAUUUGGUGCACAGAAUGUCGUAACUGGUUCGCCACAUGUCCAUACACAUCAUUAUCAUCAUUUGACUAACAAUCCACAUCAUCAUCCUCAUCAUCCACAUCAUCCGCAUCAUCCAUCAUCUAUGGCAUCAGCAUUUGCAUCUAAUCCAUUUUCGGCAACAAAUGGAUUUUCGUUAGGGCCACCACCGCCGCCGCAUCCAGCAUCUGCUACUGGACCACCACCACCACCAUCAUCUGCAUCAACACAUCCACAUCAUCCUCAUCAUCAUCAACCAUCGUCAACCGAUGCUCAUCAUCAUAAUCAUCAUGAUUUUUUACUUCGAACUUCACAUUGGUGACCAACGACGUAGAAUAAGAUAAUGUCUUUUUUAACCUUUCAAAUUUUCAGAGGGUUAGGCAUAACAUCGGAAACAUUGUAUAAUGUUUUUUUUGAAAAUAUAACCUACCUGUAUAAAAUCUACAAUCGAACCGUCAGUUAUUAUUAUUUAGCCAGCAUUUAGCAAACGAAAAUUUUCUUUAAAUUAUUUGUGUGUUUAUUGUGUGUGUGUGUUUUUUUUUGUCCUUUAUUAUGGAUUAAUAACCGUCAAUUAUCA